AUGGCAGGUAGUACAAAUGAAGCUCAACAUCUUUUGCAGAAUCUGCAUUAUCUGCAAUCAGAUCAAAUUUCUAGUGAAAUCGAGAGCCAUGUCACAGUAUAUUUCGAUGUCCAGAUGUACACCCAUGCCCUCACCAUGCUUUUGGACAUCCUCACUUCUGGCAUAUCACAUUCAACCGUAACCUCAAAGACUGCCUGUCUGCCCAUCCCCAAAUAUCUACGAAUAGCCAGUACCUUGCUUGUACAUCCAAGCUCUACAACUCGAGUCAAGAAUGAGAAUUUGGUCGAGGUAGCCUCCCGUUCUAUUACUCUUCUGCGAAGUGUCCUUGCCGAAGUUGGCCCAAGGAAUGCCAAUCUUGAGAGGGCAUUUUCCUUUGAUUCAGGCAGCAGAUACACCAGACGGAGUUCUCGAGAUAGUGGCUCUAACAGUGAAGGUGACGACGAUAUAAAAGGGCCAGUAUCUCAAAAUGGACUGUGGAGAUGCGCUAAGGACUUUUGGCAGAUCGUGGGCUGGUCAUUUAACUGCAGUGUUAGGUAUCCAAAGCGGUGGAGCUACUGGAAGGUUCUUUUGGAGUAUUUGUUAGAUGUGCUGGAUGCAGAUUGGUACGAACGGAAGGCUUUGGACGAUGCAGCAUUCAACGCUAAAGUUGGCCAAGCCCAAGGGGCUGCGGAGCUCUCUCCUGGUAAUGAAUUAGUGCAAGAUUCGUUACUUGUACACUACCUGGGCGGAUCCUGCGAUAAUCUCAAUGGCACUGCCGUGAGACGGAUUGUUAAGGCAGCCUUUGCAGACGGUUCUGUGCAAUCCCUGAAAGCAUAUCCGGAGAUUUUUGAGAACGAGACCAAAGACAUCAGGAAAACCGUGGCGCAAAAGAGAAAAUGGGAUGAAAGUAAAAAUGUCAAGGAAAUCUCUAACGAUUACGAUGAUGAGGAAGAAGAAGAUCUCGCUUCCGAUACAUCAGAGGGUUCCGAGGAAUCGUCUCAAAGGCCAAGUAAGAAAGGAAUUCCUACAUACUCUUCUACUAUAGGUGACCCGGACUCUAUCCGCUUGCGCCAGCGAGUCAUAACUUUGCUAUCCCGCCUAUCCGUGUUCCUCCCGCUAAAGUUCAUGCCCGUCGGCGAUCUUUACGGUCUCUUCGCAGAGUUCACCGCAGCGCUUCCUAUCGCAUCAUUUUCACUUCUCCUCAAUAUCUCACGGACAUCACCAUUUCCUUCCGAGGUACUAGUCUCGCUCAUACAACGAUUAUGCCGCACCUAUCUCCCAAAGUCUACACCCAAUCCUAGCGACUUUGAGGAUUCUACGAAUGAUCUUCUCAACCAAGAAAUUCUCGAAACCUGUUUUCUACCAUGGUGUCCUAUGACUUCAUCUGUUGAGGAUAAUGCCAAAUAUUCAAUUUUGGUGGAAUAUUUGUUUCGCCUGUUUUUGACUGGUUGUGAAGCAAGUCAUACACCCAACUUAGACGAUGCGGUUGAAAGGGGUAUUAGCGCAAGGGAGAAGAAAUGCAAGACGGAUGGCAGGCGUAAAGCAGGUGCAAUAAAGAAGGAGGAGGAAGUAGCGAAAAUCUUUCUAGAUGCAAGUUCAAGGAGAUUGAGAACUUUAGUAGAUUGGGUGCAAGAAUGCAGUUCCUAA